GUGGCAGUAAACGCCCUCGUCAGUGACUGUUCUGACUGGACGAAGAUGCAACGCUCGACCAAGGCCGCCCGUGCUGCGCUCCAGAAGCUCGCGCCCCAAGCGCGUGCCCUCCACGCGUCGCGCGUCGUCGCCAACGCCCAAGUGGAAACCCCGGCCAUGACCCGCGUCUACGGCGGCUUGAAGGACGAAGAUCGCAUCUUCACCAACCUGUACGGCGAGCAGACGUGGCGCAUUGAAGGCGCCCUCAAGCGCGGUGACUGGUACCGCACGAAGGACUUCCUCAACAUGGGCCCCGAAUGGAUCAUCCAAGAAAUCAAGGACUCGGGUCUCCGUGGCCGUGGUGGUGCUGGUUUCCCGUCGGGCUUGAAGUGGUCCUUCAUGCCCAAGCAGACGGACGGCCGCCCGUCCUUCUUGGUCGUCAACGCCGAUGAGUCGGAGCCGGGCACUUGCAAGGAUCGCGAGAUCAUGCGCAAGGACCCGCACAAGCUCGUCGAAGGCUGCUUGAUUGCGGGCUACGCCAUGCGUGCCCGUGCUGCGUACAUUUACAUCCGCGGCGAGUUCUUCAACGAAGCCCACAUCCUGCAGGAGGCGAUCCACGAGGCGUACCAGAAGGGUUUCCUCGGCAAGAACGCGUGCGGCAGCGGCUACGACUUUGACGUGUACCUCCACCGUGGUGCGGGCGCGUACAUUUGCGGCGAAGAAACGGGCUUGCUCGAGAGUCUCGAGGGCCGCCAGGGCAAGCCCCGCCUCAAGCCGCCGUUCCCGGCCAACACGGGCCUCUACGGCUGCCCGACCACGGUGACGAACGUCGAGACGGUCUCGGUCUCGCCGACGAUCCUUCGCCGCGGCGCCUCGUGGUUCAACAGCUUUGGCCGCAAGAACAACCACGGCACGAAGCUCUUUUGUAUCUCGGGCCACGUCAACAACCCGUGCACGGUCGAAGAAGAGAUGUCGAUCCCGUUGCGCGACUUGAUCGAAAAGCACUGCGGCGGUGUCCGUGGCGGCUGGUCGAACCUCCAGGCGUGCAUUCCCGGCGGCUCCUCGGUGCCCGUCAUGGACGAAGCGACGUGCCAGAACAUCCACAUGGACUUUGACGACCUCAAGAUGACGGGCGGGUCGGGUCUCGGUACGGCCGCCGUGACGAUCUUCGACAAGUCGGUCGACAUGGUCGGUGCCAUCCGCCGCUUGAGCCACUUUUACACGCACGAGAGUUGCGGCCAGUGCACGCCGUGCCGUGAAGGCACGGGCUGGAUGGAGUCGAUCCUUACGCGCAUGGAGACGGGUGACGCCGAUUUGGAGGAGAUCCCGAUGCUUGAGGAAAUCUCGCGCCAGAUUGAAGGCCACACCAUCUGCGCCUUGGGUGACGCCGCCGCGUGGCCCGUCCAGGGUCUCAUCAAGCGCUUCAAGCACAAGAUUGUCGAGCGCAUUGAGAACCCGAAGUCGUUCAACAAGGCCGACUACUUCCAGAAGUCGUGGCCCGGUGCUCCGUUCACGAACCAGGAGUGGGUCCAGAAGCACGCCGACGGCUCGGCCUACGCCUCGUCCAAGUAAACAAGUAGAAAUCACUCGGACGUAGUAACCUGCACAAAUUGAGUGUCCUUGCGCAUGCA